AUGGCCUCGCCGCCUCCUCCGCCGCCAUGCGAGAUGGCGGAGAUGGAGCUCGCCGCGGCACAAGCCCUGGCUCACCUCGCCGGUGCAGCGGCGACAGAGGGCGGUGGCGAAGGCAGUAGCUCGAGGAAGCGGAUCAAGAGCGAGUCGCCUCCUAUGGCUCAACCACGCAGCGUCCACUUCCGGCCGGACCAGGAGGCUCUUCGAGAAGAAUUAACGAAAAAAGUGGUUGAUUUGUCAAUGGAAAAUGAGAAUAUGAAAUUGGAAAAAGAUUUGGCUAUGAAAGAGUACCUUUCACUUAAAGAUGCAAAUGAAAAAUUAAAAGAACAGAUCGCCAGGGCUAUGAGGCUUGAGGAUGAGAAAAAUCCUGAUGUGGCGACAUCUAAGUCAGAAUCUUCGACGCCAUUGAUAAGCAAGCCUCAACUUAUCACCUAUGAGAAAACACCUGUCUUAUCGGUUAUGUAUCCUAUCCCUCAAGACACAACUGUUUUUGAACAAGGUGGUUCUAGCUACAUCAGUGGAUCAAUGCCAACCCAUUACAUGCCUUGUUCUUGGUAUUACCCCCUUCCUCGUGAAGUCUCUGGAUCAACAAUGUAUUCUGAAUCGACCCAAAGCAAAGAUGUGGAACAAAUUGGCAGCGAGCUUGAAUUAAAGCUGCCUCGCAACCAACUGGACGUGAUGGAAAGGCUCUCUUUCCAAGGAGAUCGCCGAGCUCCAAAGGAUCCUGCAACUAUGGUUGCUGCUAAAGAGGUCCUUAGGCCUUCUCCUGAAAGAUCUACUUCAUGCCAUGAAAUUUCUUUGUGCCAUGAUAAAGAUAAAGAUAAAGAUAUAGCAGAAGAAUUGCAGGGUUAUUGUACAUGGCCUCCUGAUAAAGUAUCAAGUUCGAUGACGGCAACAACAAGAACUGCAGCGGAUGCGAGAAAGAGAAGGAAAGAAAUAACUAAGUUAAAACAAUUACAUGGAAGGCACACAGGAUGA